AUGGAUCCUACUUUAAAGCGUAGCUCCCUAGUGUGUCUACCUAAACACCAGUCAAAUAAACCCGAAAAGCGUAUUAAAUACUUACCACAGAACAGGUUUGGAUGGUACCGAGUGCAUGUCUACAGGCGCUUUGUAAGCAAGAAGAAAAUUAUCUCGCAUACUUUGUUAAACGAACUGAAAGACCUAUGCCAUACAAAUAAUAUCAGGUGGAAUCCCUACUAUUUGGAAGAGGGCGAUGAACAAGAUGUGACGAAUAAUACCGUUCCCUCAUGCACAUUCUAUGUAAAUGAUUAUAGUCUGGCGAAGGCGCUGCAACGAAUGAACGUACCACCAAAAUGCUUGCUGCGGAUAGCCGUUACCAACAAACUGCCGCAGGUGCGUGUAGAUCCAAAUUUUUGGGAAAAAUUAUGCCUGGCGAUACGUAAACGCUAUAAACCGAGCGAAGAGAGCCUCGAUCUAUACGGUUUCUAUAAGGAUGAUAUGUGGAUGGAGGAAUUCUGUUCCUUGGAUCAGAAGAAUUGCAUGUCAGCAGCUAUAAGAGUGAUGGAGCUCUGCAUGCCAAAUUUACGCAGUCUGAUUCUAGACAACAACUGCCUUACAGACUUGUCAGCCUUUCGAGGGAUUGAAAUCCGGCUACCGAAACUAGUUUUUAUCUCCCUGGCAAACAACGAUCUAAGAAAUGUGGAAACAUUCCAAGUCUUUAACAAUCUAUACACAACUCAGAUAGAUGUGUCUAAUAAUCCUAUUGACUCGCCCUUCAAACGACGACAACUGCUGAAACUUUUACCCAAACUUAUAUUACUCGAUAACAAACACUUGCGAGUAAGAAGUCCUCCAAAAAUGAAGUUUAUGUUAACAUUAGAUGAAACUGCACUGAAACAUGUAGAGGAGCAGGUAUCCGAACCAGUACCAGAAGAGAUACCAAAUCAGGUGCCAGAAUCUGAGGAGGAACUGGAAAUGGGUUCGAAAAUGGAACUAGAAGAACCGUCUGAAGAGGAGCAAUCAACGACAGGGCAACAUCUUGUGAUACCAAAUCGGGUAUCGAAGUUUAAACCGGAACUGGAUGUAAUACCCGAAAUUGAACUUGAAAAUGUACCCGCUGUAGAAAAGGAUAUCCCAAAACGGGUACCGAAUUCUAAGGAGGAGCCGACUGAAAAGAAACAACCGAAGGCACGAGAAUAUGUAGAGAAAGAGAGUCCAAAAGAGGUAACGAAAUGUGAAGAGGAACUGAAUUUGAUAUCUAAAACUGAACUUGACAAUGAACCGACUGAAAAUAGACAACCAAAGUCCCGGAAACAUGUAGAGAAAGAGAUCCCAAAACAGCUACCAAAUUAUAAGGCGGAACCGAAUCCGAUAUCUAAAAAUGAACUUAAAAAUGCAGCGACCGAAAAGAAGCAACCAAAGACACGAGAACAAGUAGAGAAAGAGAUCCCAAAACAAGUUACUAAAUCUAAGGAGGAACUGGUUCUGAUAUCUAAAAAUGAACUUAAAAAUGUACCAACUGAAAACGAGCAACCAAAGACACAGGAACAUGUAGAGAAAGAGAGCCCAAAACAAGUUCCUAAAUCUAAGGAGGAACUGGUUCUGAUAUCUAAAAAUGAACUUAAAAAUGUACCAACUGAAAACGAGCAACCAAAGACACAGGAACAUGUAAAGAAAGAGAUCCAAAAAGAGGUACCCAAAUCUAAGGAGGAACUGAAUCUGAUAUCUAAAAAUGAACUUAAAAGUGUACCAACUGAAAAUGAGCAAACAAAGACACGGGAACAAGUGGAGAAAGAGAUCCCAAAACAGGUACCUAAAUCUAAGGAGGAACUAAAUCUGAUAUCUAAAAUUGAACUUGAAAGUGUACCAACUGAAAAUGAGCAAACAAAGACACGGGAACAAGUGGAGAAAGAGAUCCCAAAACAGGUACCUAAAUCUAAGGAGGAACUGAAUCUGAUAUCUAAAAUUGAGCUUGAAAAUUUACCGACUGAGAGGAAUCAACUAAAGACAUUGGAUAUUGUUUUAAAAUCGACCCUGAUACCCACAUCAGCAAAGAAAUCGAAUGUGGUACCAGAGGUAAAUUCCGUACAGCAAUAUAAGCUGCUUAGAAGGGAAUCAGCGAAUACUGGCUACGACGAUUUACAGCGAUUCCUUAAUUCAUAUAUAAAAACUUACGAUUUCGACCGACAGAGAUCAGGACUCAAAUGGUUUUACCAGGAGACAGCCUUGAUUUCGUUCACCAAGUCCCAAUAUGAUUUCGCUAUCUGUCUCGAUUCGCUCGCAGACCAGGAUAACAAAUAUUUCAGUCGAUAUAAAGACGGCAUUAAGAUAGAAAACCGCGAUUCCGCUCUUGCCCAUUUCGCUUCCUUGCCGAAGUCACAACAUCUGCUGCCGACGAUCGUUGUCGACCUGAUGAUGAUGCAACCUGAUCGAGUUUUCUUUACCAUCAGUGGUUUUCUUAAGGACCUAACUGAUGGGUCAAUUGAGCCACCCCCAAUGCGUUAUUUUAUACGCAGCUUCAUCCUGACUCCUAUGCCUGACACACCCCUCGAAUACGACUUUCGCAUCUCCUCCGAAAUCAUAUAUAUAUGCGACGCAAGUCCUGAACAAUUAAAAGCGGGCGUGGUUCCAGCCCUUCACUCUCAAAGCGACUUUAUGAGCAAUAUCGUUGAACGUUUAUUGCCCGACAUAGUUGGGUCCCGAAGACUUCAACAAGCUGACUUGAUCGUCCGGUUAUCAAAGCAUACGAAUCUAAAAUGGGAGUGGAGCCAUAUGUGCCUUAUCGAGUGCCAUUGGGAUUUUUCAUUGUCAUUAAAGAUAGUCCGAAAAAUGCAAGGGCAUAAUUUAAUACCCAAAAAAGCGUUUCUUCAAGAACCAGGCGAGAAAAAAUAUAAUUAUUUUGGUGUUACUGCUUGUAAUUUAUAAGUUAUCUUGUUGUAGAUUAUUGUAUUAAAUAAAAAUACAUUUGCUUUGGUUUUUUGAUGACGAUA